AUGGCAAUCGAACAAUUUGUCACAGCCGUAUUACCUCAGCACAGUCGUUCCGUGUACGACCGCUUUCUGGACGCCGAAGAAAAGGAGUUGGAAAAAUAUACCAUUGUUUCUUCUGCGCAAGAAAUCAGGACCAUUAAAUCUGCUGCUCAAGCAACCGUAAAUGCCAUCUUUAAAAAUAUCGAGCAUAUUGGCAUGAAAAGAAAAGCUGUAGAUGAUUUACAAAGCGAGGCCAAGCGAAGUACAGAAUUGGCAUUCGAUGUUGACCCAGAAGUUUUUUUCACUUUAAAUUAUGAGAAAUAUAAUUUAUACUUCCGGAAUCAUGCAAGUUUUCUUCUAAAGAUGGUUGCUGAUUUUGCUACUAGUCGAAUUAACCGAACGGCAGGUAUUGUAAUGAAGACCUUCUUCCGAAGUGGAAAAGAAAAAAUGAAGGCUGUCAAGGAAGACACAUCUCCCGCUGCUACAGUUACACACAUCGCAAACAUGUUGGAACCCGAUGUGUUUACACGCGGUGAUAUUGUUCUUCCAACAAAUCCCAUGGACAAAAAAGAAAAACCAUCCGUAAACGAGGUUGUACAAGGCUACGUAGAUUUACUUCGAACCGAUCCAUCAGGCUUUAUAAAACGACGUGAUGAACUCGGAAGUAACCAAUUCUCUGUAAAUUUUGCUCGAUUAAGGCAAGCCAUGAAGAAGGAACUAUUGGAAGGUCUAGUAACGGAUAAAUUCGGUGUUGCAUGUUGCCGUAUUGUUCGUAUCCUUAAUGAUAAAGGUAAGCUAGACGAAUCACAAAUUCAAAAAUAUGCCAUGCUACCACCCAAAGAUGUGCGUCAAAAAUUGGAUACGUUGCUCUUAUCGGGACUAGUAGAGAUUCAAGAAGUGCCACGUUCAACAGAUCGUGCACCUGGGCGUUCAUUUCAUUUAUGGUAUGUACCCCUUGAAAAAUGCUUUCAAGAGUUACUGGUAGAUGUGUAUCGCACCACUGCCAACCUACAACAACGCAAAACCGAAGAGCUCUUGAGACGUAAACGUUUAAUCGAUAAAUUGAGUCGAGAAGAUGUCAUUGCAAAUAUAGAACUAUUAGGUGAAAUUGACAAAGCAGAAUUGGCCAAGAUGGAGAAAGUGAUUGAAAGAAUUGAAGUCUCAAAAGGUCGAUUGGAUGAAAUGUCAAUGAUUUUACGCGACUUUUAA